UAUGCACUGAAAGUCUUAAGAAUUUCACUUGAGGAAUGGUGAAGAAGAAGAAGAAGAAGCUGCAUAGAAUUGUUGAUAUUGAAAGGAUGAACAACAUGCAAAGUGAAAACAAGAAGAGGGUAUCAGCAAAGGGCAAGAUCAACGGCUCACAAUGGUCUGAUGAUAGUGUUAAUCGUGGCAAAGGAAAACAAAAACAGUACCCCAUGCAGCUGCAGGUUGACUCUGCAGAGAGUUUCUACAACAGACUCAAUGAGCUGUAUGAGUCUUGGGGGCUGAACCUAGUCUUUAAUGCAAGAGAAACAAUGUUGGACUUGCAUCUCUUUUACAAAGAAGUGACUGUUAGGGGAGGAUUUCAUCUGUAUGAACUUGUUCAAGACCAUCUCCCCUUGCUGCCCCUCGGCUCUGCCUUUGAAGGCCAUGUAAUUAUGUUAAGAAUGAAUUUACAAGACAAGGUUACUAAGGAUAGGAGAUGGGAUGAAGUUGCGUUUGCUCUUAAAUUGGAAGGAAACAAUAUGAAGUUUCAUACUCAACUUCAAAUACUUUAUGCACUUUUUCUGUACAAGUUUGAGCUAACUUACUUCUAUAGGGAACCAGCAAAAGCAGCUAGAGCUUCAGAUUGCUCAGGAAUGAAGCGGAAGAGUGGGGACAAUUUAUUUGAUUUUACAACUAUUGAAGAUAAUGUAGUGAUGAAGAAGAUGUGCAAGGACAAUGCUUUUCCAUUGUUGCCAGGUCCUAGAACUGCAGAGCCAAAACUGUCCCCACAGACGCCAUCCAAAAACAAAGAGACAAAGAAACGUCCAGGUGCUCAACGGGGGCUAAGGACUGCAUAUCACAUCUUCAUGAAGGAGGAAUGUACUCGACUAAGGACUUUUCAUGGGGACAGUUUCAAGCGCCAAAAUGUCCGAGAAAUGGCACUUAUUGCAUGGAGAAGCCUCUCCGAGAAGGAGCGACAGCCAUAUAUCGACGAAAGUAUGAAAGAAAGGGAAAGAGUGAAAGAAAUGGCUGCCUUCAAAGAAAGGGAAAAAAUGAAAGAAAUGGCAGCCUUCAGCGAUUGCCAGAACCUGCAAAUUACAAAGACUCAUGAGACUUGCCUGGAUGGUGACUACCAUGUGACUUUGGAAACUGAGGUAGAGAACUUCCUUGUGCCUGAUGAAUCAACUGUCAACUUGGCCAUUACAAUGAUGAAUGACCCUAUACUUCAGAUUGACUGCUUUGGGUCUCUCGACGUACCAGCUGAAGGAUCCAAUUUGCUCUAGAGCUUCAGUUUGUGGAGUUUCUUUUGUGAUGGGGGAAGGUGCCCUAUAUAAAUUAGAAGAUGGGUACUUGUACUGUUUGUACUAUCGUACAUGCAUCCUUCUUUGGUCUGUCUUUUGCAUAUAGUAGUGUUUUCUUUUGGAGCUUUUGAAUAUGUGUACAUGUUUCCCAUUGGCCAUAUGAGCUUCCAUCAUUAUCUUUUUUUGUUUAGGCAGCAGCUAAAAGAGUAGAAGUGCAUUACAGACCCUCCACUUGUAUCAAUUUUGUAUCAGUCAAAGUUGUUUUAGUUGACCUACACAAUUUUUUUUUUCAAUCUUUUGGUUUCCUUGGAGAAAUUCGUGAACAGAAAUGCUAAACAUGUUCACUUUCUUAUGCUGAAAUCAUGCUGUCAAGGACGCAGUGGUAGUCUUGGAAAAAUCAUGCACUUAAUUAAGCCCUUCUGCCAUUAUGUUUCAGGCUGGAGCAAUAUUUUCUCAAUUUGUCUUGUUAGCAUGAUUCAGUUCAUGAAAUGAAUAGUGAA